UUAAUACCCAAUCACAUUUUGUUUGAAUACAAUACAUUGUUGAUUUUGUUUAUCUGAUAUGCCUUUGGAAAAACCGAUAUGCAGUGAAAAUCUCGCUGGAAUUUCAUCAUUGUCCGGAGAAUGGAAACAACGGGCCGAAGAAGAAUUAAACGAGACUCCUGAGGUUUUCGGACGGGAAUUAGCAGCUCUCAAGCGGAUGGUAAAAAAUGACUCGAAUUUGACGGUACCAAAUACAAACGAAUUUUUGAUUAGAUUUCUAAGAGCUAGAAAAUUUGACAGUACAAAAGCAUUUCAUAUGCUGCAACGGUAUUUUUUAAUGAAAAUAAAAUGUCCGGAACUGUUCCAAUGUUCGUUGCCUUCAGAAUGCAAUGCAAUGUUCGAAUUGCAAGCGCAAAACAUGUUGCUACAAAGAGACCAAUUAGGUAGAAGAGUAUUUAUUAUAAGAGUUGAUAGUUUCGAUUCCACAAAAGUGACAAUCGAAGACGUAUUUCGCACCAAUGUUCUAGCCUUAGAGCAGAUCGUUAGAGAACCAGAAACCCAGAUAGCCGGUAUAGUAGUAAUUUUAGACAUGGCAGGUCUUAGCUUACAGCACGCUAAAUUCUUCACGCCAUACUAUGCCAAAAAAAUGGUCGAAUUGGUACAAGAGACGUUUCCUUUACGCUUCAAAGGCUUCCACGUGGUCAACGAGCCUUUCUAUUUCGAUGCCGUGAUUACCGUGUUGAAGCCUUUUUUGAAAGAGAAGAUAAAAAAGAGGAUAAUUUUGCACGGCAAUGAUCUAUCAUCCCUGCAUGCUUUCGUUUCUACUGAUAUUCUUCCCGUAGAAUACGGAGGGACUGCAGGCAAUUUUAACAAUAGAGCUUGGUACAUGAAAUUGUUAGCCGAAGAGACUUAUUUCAAAAACUCGAGGACCUUUGGAUAUAAAGUUGACGUCGAUCUUGAUGUCGAAGAAGACAAUGAUUAAAAAUAAUUUAUAUUGAAGUGUGAACAAUAAUUUCUUGAUUUUCCCUUAUCUUUUAAAUAUUGAAUUUGCUUUUCUACAGUAAGUAAGAAUUGUAUGGAUUGCAGGAUGUACCUGUAUACAGGGUGUUUUUUAACUUUUAGUUUUUAUUGUCAACAGAAUACUUAUGGUAAACAAAAAAAGAUGCCUUCUACCUUUUGUUUAGUCUGGGAUGUAUAUUUACAGAAGCUAGCGUUUGUUGACACCAGGGUGUUGAAAUCUGUGG